UAACUCGUCCAUUUUGACCGAGGUUUGUUUGCGAAAAGCAGCUGCGGAGAUUUUCUAAUCCGCCGUUGGGACUAAAAUAACAAAAAGAAGUGUCCAUUUUCCAGCUGCCACUUCUUUAAGCUUUGUUAGAGCACUUUACACAACUGUAUAUCUACUGUACUUGAGGAAGCGGUUCAUAAUUUUUAUUAAUCAACAUGUCGGAACAGGCCAUCUCCUUUCUCAAGGACUUCCUGGCGGGCGGCGUCGCAGCUGCAAUCUCUAAAACUGCAGUGGCACCUAUUGAAAGAGUCAAACUGUUAUUACAGGUGCAACAUGCAAGCAAGCAAAUGACUGCAGACAAGCAUUACAAAGGCAUUAUCGACUGUGUUGUACGUAUCCCCAAAGAACAAGGAAUGCUGUCAUUCUGGCGUGGAAAUUUGGCAAAUGUCAUUAGAUACUUCCCUACACAAGCCUUAAAUUUUGCCUUCAAGGACAAGUAUAAGCAGGUGUUUUUGGGUGGUGUUAACAAACAUACCCAGUUUUGGCGGUACUUUGCAGGAAACCUUGCAUCUGGUGGUGCUGCAGGAGCAACUUCCCUUUGCUUUGUCUACCCUCUUGAUUUUGCCAGAACCCGUCUGGCUGCUGAUGUUGGCAAAGUUGCAACGGACAGAGAAUUCCAUGGUCUUGGUGAUUGCCUUGUAAAAAUCUUCAGGUCUGAUGGUCUUAGAGGCUUGUACCAAGGCUUCAAUGUUUCAGUCCAGGGCAUUAUCAUCUACAGAGCUGCUUACUUUGGUAUCUACGACACAGCUAAAGGUAUGCUGCCAGACCCUAAGAACACUCACAUUAUUGUCAGUUGGAUGAUUGCUCAGACUGUGACUGCUGUUGCAGGGUUGACAUCCUACCCAUUUGAUACAGUCCGUCGUCGAAUGAUGAUGCAGUCUGGGCGAAAAGGAGCUGAGAUAAUGUACUCCGGAACAAUUGACUGCUGGAAGAAAAUUGCUAAGCAAGAAGGUGGCAAAGCUUUCUUCAAAGGUGCAUGGUCCAAUGUUCUCAGAGGCAUGGGUGGAGCUUUUGUGCUAGUUAUAUACGAUGAACUUAAAAAGGUUAUUUGAACACUUAUUUUAAUUCCAGUACAUACGUGGGAGCAAGAUGACCAAGUAGAAUAAUUUAUACCAUAAAGGACCAUUAAACUUCAAAAAUUCCACUGUUUUGGGGCCAGAUCAUAUGUCUGUAGUACAGUUCGAAACUCGUCGAGAUUCUUUUCCACUCCACACUGAACCAUUUUGCACAGAUUGCUGUUUAUAUUGGAGUGUUUUAAGUGUGGGCAUUCUGCUGCAAAACAAUAAAAUAAGUUUAAAAUCU